CCGGACUCCCAGAAAAGACCUGCGCCACGUGGAUUCGCUGCAUACCCCCGCAAACGAGCCGUGACGGCUUGUCAAGUCUGCCGAGCGCGGAGAACGAAAUGCGACAACCUCAAGCCGUCAUGUUCCUUUUGUUUGAAGGUUGGAGCGAAAUGCAUCCAGUCGUCCGUGGACCUCUCUAGCUAUGAUCCUGCUAGCUUGCAGAUACUACAACGCUUGGACGAUCUUGAGCAGCUUGUCCGGGAUAUUGGGGGUGGCCAGAAUGUCGUACAAGCACCGACAGAGGGAAUACCAAAGCGGGAGAGCUUCGAUCGCUCCAGAUUGACCCCCUGCUCGAUCGAUCAAAUUCUGGACUGGAGCUCGUUAAAGAGCUUACGGGGACAGCGUCAACCAAACGAACAUGCCUUUCCAUGCACAAAUAGCGCUGUUGUGCAGAUGACGACGACUUCGCCCAUGUCAGGCCACGAUGAGCUGGAACCGCAUCGGACGAGGAGAUUAGUCGACAAUUUCUUCAAUUACGUCCAUGUGAAAAAUCCAGUCUUGGACGAACAGGGUACCCGACAGAUUGUUUCGAGGGUAUGCAUGCAUGGAAUUGACUGGUCACCCGAAGCGUGCCUGACAUUGCUUGUAUGCGCACUUGGAACGAUUGCAACUCCUCUCCUCGGCUGUAGUUACGUCGUGAGAGACUCCGACACAUAUCGCACUGCCGAGUCUUUCUUCCUAGCUUCCAAGAAGCGAUUGGGAAUGUUGUUGGGGUCAUCCAGUCUGAUCGAGGCGCAGUGCAUGUUUCUUGCCGGCGUUUACACAAUGUGCACAUUCCAAAGACUUCCAGCAUGGCGUUUCUUCAUGCAAUCACUUGCAUGCUGUCAAACAUUUGAAUCCCUUAAGGCGUUUCGGCAAGACUAUGGCGAACAGCUUGACGAGGACGGCCGACGCUCCGCUGCGGCUGAACAGGCUAUCUACUGGUCGGCUUGGAAGUCGGAGCGGGAGAUCCACCAUGAGCUAGGCCUGCCGGGCUAUCUUUUCUCAGAAAUCGACAUUACUGGCUACCCACCAUUCUAUCCGACGCCACCGAGACAUGAGGACCAACCGCCUAGUAUCAUCAGUCCCGACACUGAACGCCGUGAACAUGCGUCUUGGUAUUUCUACCUUUCAGAGAUAUCGUUGCUGCGACUGCGGCGACGUAUGGCUCGAGAAAUUCAGGACAUUGAGCCUCACAACAGCAACGACCUGGUAACAGACCUCACCAAACUGGUUGCAGACCAUGAACGCCAGAUCCUUGAUUGGAUCAAUGCACUUCCCGAGCAUCUGUCUAUCAACGCACCUCCAGAAGAAGACGAGAUUUGUCGCUUUGUGUUGAGAGGGCAUCUCAUUGACGUCUACGAGAUGCUCUAUUGGCCUUUUGUUGAUAGGGGGAUCAACGGUCCGGCUUCCUGCGAUGACGACCCAUUACUCGCCGAGCUGGCGACCAAAGGGCUUCGUUAUCAUGUGGAACGUAUCAUCGUCAACCGCCCCGGCUUUCAGCAUCGACAUCACGGCACCUUCGGCAUGAUAGUUAGUUGCACUCGAAGUGCACUUGUGCUGCUCGCA